UUGUGAUACAGUAAAAGGAUAUAAAUUUCCAAUAUUUCAUCCUUAUCAUACGCACCACACCUCAUAGUACUUUUCUUUUCUACAUUGUUGGUACACUCAAACUAAUUAGCAUAUAUAUUCUAAACAUGCUCCUUCCAUGGCUUUUCACGAGAGGAAAGAAAGUUUGAUGUGUUUUGGGGCAAAUGUAAGGAUCUCGCAUCGUUUUGAACAGCAUCAGUCAUCGAUGGGCUGUUUCACCGGUAACAAGAUGAUGGUACGGAUUAUACUAUUGGCCAGUUUGCUAUUUUGCCUUUGUUGUACUACAUACGCACGUACCCAUCAUCACCAUCACCGUUUGAAACCGCUCAAGUAUAGCUAUGGCAUAUAUGCUCCCACUGGAUGGACGGUGGCACUAUACAUUUGGUACAUCGUAAAGCUUGGCUUUAUUUUAGGUGCUCUUCUAUUGUUACUUUUCUCCAAAAAAUGGAACACUCAAAGGCAAUCUGUUAUUUUUGAAAGUGGACCGGAAUAUUUCCAUCAUCGUUCGUUGGACGCUUUGGAAUUUAAUCUAUUCCGACAGAGAGGCAGAAGAGACGUAAACCUUUACUGGAACGAUCGGCUAGAUGCGAUGGGUACAAUGUUAAGACGCUGAAUUAAGGAUAGCUUUAGUAUUAGGAUUAGAUUGUCUUUUGAACUAGUAAUUUAUUUU